GAACAGACUAAUUUUUGCUAAGCUUGCAUCAGUUAUGAAAUUAUCAUUCAUCUACUGGAGGUCAUAACUGCUGUUGACGACAUGUCAGUGAGAUAGGAAAAUGAAAAGAAUGGUCUCAGAGCUGAAUAUCUCAAAGGGUAUUCAACUCUACCUGCCUGAGUUUUGACAAAAUAUGUGGAGGAACCUGUUUAGGGCCUCCAUGAAGAGGGGCAUCAAAGGCGUAUUUCAAGUCUGGUGUGCUGGUUGUGGAAUUAUGCUGUUUGCAAACAGAGUAGCAUGGAGCAUUAAUCUGACAGGGGAUUCUAUGUAUCCAACAAUUCACUCCAAUGAUAAAGCAUUUAUUGAAUACAUGAGUGUUUCUAAUCAGAGAUUACAAAAAGGUGACAUAGUUAUUUGUAAGAAGCCCUACAACCCCACUAGUUUAGUAUGUAAGAGACUGAUAGGCAUGGAACAUGACAGAAUCAUUAAAGAAGAUGGACAAGUGGUUAAGGUACCUAAAGGCCAUGUGUGGUUAGAGGGAGAUAAUAAAGAGGAUUCAGAAGACUCUAGGGAUUAUGGUCCUGUUCCAUAUGGAUUGUUGGAGUCCAGGGUUUUCUAUAGGUGGUGGCCUCUCCAACGAAGGGGGUUUCUAGAACUUCCAGGUGAAGUGGAGAUCAAAGAGACGAGAAGGAAACCUAUUUUAUUUUCUGGCAGUAGCUGAACAGCUAACUUUUAUGUGACUUUUAAGUUUCUUAAAGAUAGAUAUAAGCUAUCAAUUUUAAACAUAAGCACAUUCAUACUGUGAAAAUUAUUUUUAUACAUUUAUUAAUGAUAUGCUUUAAAAUAGCUGGGCAACUCCAUUCUUCUGUCUCUAAUAAUUAUUGAAGACUGCGGAACAUGAACUGGCAAGAUUGGAAAUAUGCAGCUUACGUCAUUUCUAUCUGUUCCAGUCAAAACAUUUGAAGAUAGACAAUGAAAUAGGCGGGUUCAAUUCGACACGGACGUCUGUAAAAUUGUGCUUACGAGUGUAGCUGAGGUGAAUUGAAAAUGAAUUUUAAACUAGAAUUUCAAUCCAAUGUUUUCUCAGAUGUCCAUGUCAAAUUGUACCUGCCCAUUUCAUUGUCUAUCAUUAAAUGUUUUGACUGUAACAGAUGGAAAUGACAUAAGCUGCAUAUAUCCAAUCUUGCCAGUUAAUGUUCUGCAGUCUUAACAAGCAUUUUUGGACAAUUAAGAAUAUUUGACAAUUAAGAACGUCAGCAUUUAGGCAUUAUAUUUAUCUAGUUAUUACCUAUGAUUUGUGUGUUCAUUUUUACAUCACAAUUUUGUCUUUGAAAUAGAAUGUAAUGUUAUUUGUGAUGUACAAUUAUUUUUUAUGAAGGCAUUCUUGUAUAACGUGUGUAUGACAGUGCUUAUCAUGUUCAACACAUAAUGUGUCAUACCUUAUGAAUAUUUUAUUAUGAGAAGAAUAAAACAUUCAGUAUACAGAUA